UAAAGGAUUGAUUGGAUAAUUAUAGAUACAGUACCAAUAAAGAUGUCGUUGGAAUUCAACAGACCGGGAGGUUUGUGCCUUGAAGGUAAUAUAUCUGAGAAUUUUAAAAUAUUUAAACAAGAAGUACUAAUAUACUUCAAAGCUACGGAGACGAAUAAGAAAGACAUGGAUGUGCAAGUGGCUCGAUUAUUGAAUUUACUGGGUCACGAUGGACUAAAACUGUAUAAUACAAUCAAAAAAGAAGAACAAGAAACAGUUGAUACCAUAUUACAGUCAUUGGAACUAUAUUGUAUUCCAAAGGCGAAUGAAAUUAUUGAGCAUUUUAACUUUUUCAAUCGUAAGCAGAAUGAAGGUGAACAGUUUGAUAUCUGGUACACUGAUUUGAAGAAGUUAAUAAAAGGAUGCAACUUUGGUGAAGCAGAAAACAAAAUACUAAGAACUCAAAUAGUUUUGGGUAUUUUUGAUAAAGAAACUCAAACAAGGUUGUUGAGGGAUGAUGUAGCGUUAGAUAAAGUGGUAACAUAUUGUCAAUCGAUUGAACGGGCUGAAAGCAACCGGCGAACAUUAUCUUCGACCAAAGAUGUGGACAAAGUUGUGCAUGGAGUUGGAUUCAAAUCAAAAUGGAGAGCCAAAGACAUGGAAAAAAUAAACAACCUAAAUCAAAAUCAAUGGAAAGGUAACACUGCGAAUGAUCGUCAAAUGGAGACAACUGAAGAAAAAGGUAAUAUUAGUAUUAAUAUUAAUUGUAAUAGAUGUGGUCUAAAACAUGUUUAUAGAGAUUGUCCAGCGUAUGGUAAAUGUUGUAGAAAUUGUAGUGGUUAUCAUCAUUUUGCAAAAAUGUGCAAAAAGAAAAAACAAGUUGAUGAAAAAAAUAAAUUUAAAAAAGCGCAAGAAAUUAGAAUUGAUAGUAUAGAGGAGGAGGAGAGUGUAUUUUCAAUACAAUCCAUUUGUACAGUCUAUUCAAUUCAAAAUGAAUGGUGUAAAGUGUUUCAAGUAAAUGGAAAAAAUGUGAAUUUUAAACUAGACAGUGGUGCUGAAGUAAAUACAUUAUCAGAAAAAGAUUGUGAGAAAUUGAAUUUAAUGAAAGAAAUCAGAAAAUCAAACAUAGUGUUAGAAGUGUACGGAGGUUUUAAAAUGAAACCUAUCGGAGUAGUGAAAGCAAUAUUGACAUUAGGUGAUCAGAAUAUUGAAACAGAGUUUGUUGUAAUAAAUAAGAUAUAUGAUAGUAAAUCAAUAAUAGGAUUACCGGUGCUAAAAAAAUUUGAAUUAUUAAAAAAUAUCAAUGUAAUUGAUAAGGAUAGUAAUGGAUUAGAUAUAAAUAAUUUUAUUGAAAUGAAUAGGGAUGUCUUUGAAGGUGUAGGUUGUUUUCCUGAUAUUUGCAAGCUUACAAUGAAAGAAGGAGUGACACCAAAGGCAAGUAUAGCAAGAAGAGUGCCAAUUAAAAUUAAAGAUAAACUGAAACUGAAAUUGGAUGAAUUAGUGAAAAAAGAGAUAAUGCACCAACAGAUGAACCAAGUGAGUGGGUGAAUAAU